AUGGCGCGUGGCAAUACCUCUUCAAAAUGUUCUCCAAACACGAAGGAAGUAAAACCAAAACUUUCUUUAUUUAAAGAACGCUCUAACUCGUCUACGGCGCAAGAGACGUUUCCCUGGACAAACGCGACCCCGCCCCCGUUUGUUUUGAUUAGUGAUGUUUCGCAAAUAUUGCGAGCUAAUAUGGGUCGUCUGAGCAUUAAAGAAGAAAACGAAAAUGCUUGUAAUAAUUCACCACGACUACAGAUGGAAUGUGAAGGAAUUGAAACCGUUCGUAAACCAAGUUUAUUCAGUUCCCAAGUUACAGAAACUGAACAAGACAUAAUUGACAAACGCGUCGCAUUACAACAACGUCAGUAUGCUGAAUUCGAACGACGUGAAUUCGAAAGAAAAUCCCGAAAAAUUCGAGCGGUUUUCGAAUUCUUGUCAGAUGAAGAAAUCAAAGAAGCAUUGCAAGAUUGUGAUAACGACGAGGAAGAAGUCAUUGUUAGAAUGACACAGCCUGGGUACUUGGUUUACACGCGCAAGACGAUUGCUCAAAAGUAUCAUGGUCCGACGCUCACAAAUCACAUGUCCGAAGAACAAAAAGAGGCAUAUGAACAACUUUUGAAAAAAAGGAAGGAAACUCUCAAAAAAACCACUGGCGAAAUUGCGAAAAAGCAAUAUCGUAUGAAGGGGCGCCUUGCAUUAGAUGAUGCUUUGAAACAAGUUCAAGAUAACAAGAAAGAUCUCGAGAAAGCUUUUGAGGGUUGGUCAGAAGCUCGCAUUAAAGCGUUCAAUGCAAUUGACACUAAACCAAAUACCUAUUAUUAUCGGUUUAAUGCGCCGGGCGAAAUACAGAAAAAAGGACAAUGGACAAAGGAAGAAGAGGCUUUAUUUUUUGCUCGACUUGCAGAAAUUGGUGCAGAUGGUCAAUGGGGAAUAUUCUCAAUGGCUAUUCCUGGUCGUGUGGGCUAUCAGGCAUGCAAACUAUUCAUCGUUGCUGGACUUGAUCCAAAUUACGUGCUCGAUGAGAAAGGCAAAGCGCAUUACUUGUUCAAUACCAAAAAUAAAAUAACCGGCGAAACAGAAAAGACUUUUAGGACUCAUAGUAAGCAUGGCGGAGGCUCUGCACCUCGACCUCCUAAAACAUCAACGUCCAAAAGUAGCACCAACUAUACUCUCAAGUCAUGGAGUGGGACUAAACGGACGAGAACACGAGGCUCUACCAAUCAAGAUGUUGAAAUGCCGGACAUCACCGAUCCUAAUUCCAAUCCUCUCCCCGGCUUUGUCGAUCCCAUUACACUGGAAGAAGUCAUUAAGCCAGCUAUCUCUCCUUAUGGACAUGUUAUGGGUUAUGAUAGUUGGGUUCGAUGUCUCUCUUCGAACACACAGAAGAAUACUUGCCCAUUAACCAAAAAACCUUUAACCAAACGGGAACUCGUUAUUUUGACUAAGGAUAAUAUUGACGAAUUUCGUGAUAAAAUAGUGAAUCAAGGGUUGUAA